ACUCAUAAAAACACUCAUAAAAGCCAGAGUUUCCUCACUUUUUUCGAAUGAGCCAGAGCAAACAAGGACUUUUGUCCUCCUGCUGGAACUGCUGAACUUCUGUUGAGGAGGAAUCAGCUCAUAACACUAUGUCUGUCACAGCAUUAAGAGGGGAAAAAAAACACACACCCACACAGAAAGCCCAAAAAGCAGCAACCUGCUGGGUGUGAGGCAGUCGUGCAUCCCUGCUGAGAAGUAGAAAAGUUAUGUCUGGAUGUCUGAGUGGUUUUGUAUGUUAGCAGGCAGAUCUGGUGAUUGGGUUUUGUGCGUAAGGCACGCACUAAGGCGCUUAACUCGUCACUCGCCUGGCUCAAGCGCAGGAGGCAGAACCUUUGUGCGUGAGUGGGAGAGAGAGAGAGAGAGAGAGAGAGAAAGAGAGAAGCAGAAAGAUUCACAGUGGAUCAGAUGAUGGCAGUGUUUUCAGAUGGAAAGUGUUUGAGACGGCUGGCUGAUAAGAGGAAAGCCCUCAAGCGAAGCUGCCCCCAGGGUGGGGGCUCGUGCUGAAGCGGGGACGUGCACGGCACCGAGGAGACGUACCGGAUUUCUACAGAAAUGCCCACCAACCUCAGCCCUUCAAGCAACCACAGCGCAGCCCAGCUCUCAGGCACGAACUACAACUUUCCCGCACUCGUCUUUGGGAUCCUGCUCAUCGUCGUGAUCAUCUGCGGGAACGUGCUCGUGUGCCUCAGCGUGUACAGAGAAAAGGCUUUAAAAACCACCACCAAUUACUUUAUCGUGAGUUUAGCCGUCGCCGACCUGCUCCUCGCAGUGCUGGUUCUGCCUCUGUUUGUCUACGCAGAGUUCCUGGAUGGAGUUUGGUCCCUGAACAUGACCGUGUGUGACGGCUUGAUGACCAUGGAUGUGAUGCUGUGUACUGCCUCCAUAUUCAACCUUUGUGCAAUUAGCAUUGACAGGUUUAUUGCUGUGUCCAUCCCACUCAAUUACAACCGCAAACACGUGGACCAGCGGCAGGUUGUCCUGCUGUCUGCCACGUGGAUCCUGGCAUUAGCUGUGGCUUCGCCUGUGCUGUUCGGCAUCAAUGACGUGCCAAACAGGGACCACAGCGAGUGCAAGCUGGAGAAUAACAACUAUGUGGUCUACUCCUCUGUCUGCUCAUUCUUUGUGCCCUGCCCAAUCAUGCUGCUGCUCUACUGUGGAAUAUUUCAGAGCCUCAGGAGGUGGGAGGAGGUGAGGAAAGCCAAGCUGAAAAGCAGCACACAGGCCUGUCACAAACUUGACGAGACAGCAGCAUCUCUACUGCCGCAUGCGUCUCUACCACCACCUCUUCCCCCAGUCAUAGAGAAUGACUUUACAGACCUUAAUCUAAACGAGAUGGACCCGGAUCCUGUCCCUGACAGUCCGUAUACAAUACAAUAUAAAAAUGGGCCUGUAGCUUCUCUGACCUUCUCCGAGAGUGGUUACAAUCAAGAUCAGAACCGAGAGAAGAAGAGGGCAAAGAUUAAUGGGAGGGAAAGGAAGGCCAUGAGGGUGCUUCCUGUCGUAGUAGGUGCCUUCCUGUUCUGCUGGACGCCGUUCUUCGUGGUGCACACGAUGCGUGCUCUGUGCGAGGACUGCGACAUUCCCGGCAGUCUCAUCAGCAUCGUUACGUGGUUGGGUUACGUCAACAGCGCCAUCAACCCCAUCAUCUAUACCGUCUUCAACACAGAGUUCAGGAAGUUCUUCAGGAAUUUUUUACCCACAUGCUGCUAGACACGCCGCAUGCUGCACAACAAUCAUCCGGCCAGUGCGACUUGAGCCCUGACCAUGAUUGUAAUAAUAAGGCAAUGCUAACAUCUUGUAUAUAGUAGAAUGUAAAUUCCACGAUCACGUUGCGGUUUGUAUUGUUUUAUCAUUUCAGUGAGACACUUUUAAUGGCCUUGUUCAUAGGCUCGUAUUGCAUGUCGAAAAUAAAUGACCUUGAUCUUCAGCCUGUAGGCUAAGUUUCCAAAAUGUAGUCAUUUGAACAUCUUUUUUUAUUUAAGAUUUAAGAUUUACAAUUUAUUUAAGAUGGAUAAAUGCAACACCAAAUGAGCAUCUCACUAUGUUACAGCUCAUGGCCUUUCAUUUCCCACAAGGUCCAUACACUACAACCCCCUGCCUGCAUGAGAGAAAAAAAAUCUGCCUCAGCUUUUUUCUUGGUUCCUGCAAGAUCUUCUGCCAACUGGCUGUACGAAUCUAGUCUUUCACCACAAUUAAAUAAAUCUCCACUAAAAGAAACAUAUCAGUUUUUUCCACACACAAUCUCAAGAUUGGUGAUCAUUAAAUGUAUGUAAACAUUAUCAAACAUCGGACUGCAGAUUUUUUAUUCCAACCAAGAGUUGGUGGGCUGUGCAUUUUACACCUAUAGUGGUGUCCUACCUGAAUAAAUCCACCUCUUAAUACAAUCAUUUAUGGCGCCACUGCUAAAGAAACCAUCAAUAUUAUAUAGAAAAGCAGUACAACAGGGAGCAGCAUCACAGUCGGGUAUCUCAUACAGAGAGAAUGAAUGCUAUUGCUAAAGCAAAAAACCCAAUGAACACAAUUCAACAAGUCUCCUUUCACUGUAGCCACAACUGCACCGCCAGCAAAGAUGAUCUCUAGCAGAAGCAUCGAUAUUAACCUCAUAAAAAUAACCACCAGUUUUCUGUGUAUUUUUGUGCAAUUUGUUCAUGCAUUCCAUUUUACCUGGGUAUUUAAAUUUAAGGCAAAUUGUGAGGUUUUGUGCAAAUUCUACAGGAAAGAAAACGCAAAAAUAAAGAUUUUUUGGAAGAAAAAGCUUAA